AUUCAUAAUUCUAUUGCCCAAUGCCCCUCACAAAAAUGGCGUUUAGCAGUUGACAAAAAUAACAACAAAAAUAUUAUUGUCUUGUUUUUAUUAUUUGUGUAUAUACAGUGUUAAUUUUUAAAUAAAAAACUUAUCAAAUUUUAUAUAAAAUAACUACCGAUUAAACAAAGAAAUACAAUUUAUUAUGAUUAAAAAAAAUUUCUAACCUCUUUAUUAUAUUGACUGUGAAAUUAUACAAUUGUAACAAUGGGAAAAUUUGCUGAAAUAUCAUGGCCAGCUGAUUAUUCAGAGCUCAAAAGAAUGGAAGAGCUACUUGUAUGUGGAAUAUGUUAUGAUUAUAUGGAAACUUCUGUUAUGACACCAUGUUCACAUAAUUAUUGCUCAUUAUGUAUACGUAAAUACUUGCAUUAUAAAACACAAUGCCCUGCCUGUUUUGAAAAAACAUUUGAAAAAGAUUUACAUACAAAUAGAAUUCUCGAUGAAAUAAUAAUAUAUUUUCAAAAAAUACGUGAAAAAUUAGUUGAUUGUAUUGUGGGUGCAAAAUUAUUAACGAACAAUGAUCAAGAUGAGACAAAUGCUAUUAUAAAAUCACCAAAAACACCUCCAGUAAGACCAGCAAGAACAAAUCAAGUUUUAAAAACACCAACAAAAUCAGAUACAAUAAUUGAGAGUAAUUGUCAUCAAGAGUCAGUCACAAACACAACUGUAGAUAAUGAAAAACCACAAACUUCAAAUUUCAUUGAUACAAGUAAUAUGUCAAGUCCAAGUACAAGUGGUAUUCCAAAAAUAGCAAAAUUAUUUACCCCAAAAAGUCGUAAAAUACCAGAAAAACAAUUAAUAACAAUAAAACAAGUUGCAUGUCCAGUUUGUAGUGUUGAAAUAUCAGAAACUCAUAUUAAUAAACAUUUAGAUGCUUGUUUAAAAAGAGAAACAAUGAUUCAUCAACCACGUCGUAUUAAUAAUAAACGUAGACCAUUACCAAAACUUGUUACAAAAUUAAUGAAAGAUUCAGAAUUAAAAAAAAAAAUGAAAGAAUAUAAUUUACCAAUAAAUGGUGAUCGUAAAACACUUGAAAAUCGUUUUCAUAAAUAUGUUACACUUUAUAAUUCAGAAUGUGAUAAAGAAGAACCAAGAAAUCCUCAAGAACUUGUUAAACAAUUAGAUGAUGAAGAAAAUUUAGAAAAAAAAAAUCAAUUAAAAAAUAUAAAUAUUGGUAAAUUAAAAGUAACAAGAAAUACUGAACAAAAUAUUAUUGAAAUUGCACAAAAAAAUUAUUUAGAAGCUAAUAAACAAAGUUUUCAAGCUUUAAUUGAUACAAUGAAAAAAAGAGAUACAAAUAUUAACAAACAAUCAACAAGUAAAAUAUUAAAUGAUAAUAAUGAUAAUAUUAAUAUUAAAAAUGAUAAAUCAAUAAAAACAUCAUCACCAGUUAAAAAUUUAAAUCAAAGUAAUAAUAAUGAUGAUUCAUCAUUUGAUAAUUCAAUGUCAAUAUUUGAAUCAGGUUUUCAGGAUACAAGUGAUGAUUCAUCAUGUCCACUUCAAAGAUAUACCAGUACUCAUCCAGUUAAUUUUUUAUCUGUUGAAAUUGAUGAAAAUGCAAUGAGUCCACAAAAAUUAAAACCUGUAAAUGUUCAAGAUACAACAAAAACAGCAUCAAAAGUAAAUGUUGAAGAAAAUUUAAGUAUUUUUGAUCAAUCAACUGAUAUAGAUUCUUCGGAUAAUGAAGAUGAAGUUAUAAAUUGUUCACCUCCUUCUAAAAAAAUACAAGAAAAAAAAACAAAAUUGACUGAAAAAGAAAAUAACAAGCAAGAUGUUAAUAAAGAAACAACAAAAGUUUCAAAUAUCAAAGAAAUUCAAGCUAAAAAACUUGCAAAAUCAAUUGUUGAAGAUUUUAUUGUUGAUUCAAGUGAUGAUGCUGCUGAUGAUGAUGUUGAUAAUUUAAAAAUACCAAAUGAUUCAAAUAAUUUAAAAGAAAUAAAUAAUAUAAGUCAAGAAAAUAAUGAUAAACCAAUUGAAAGUAUUGCUGUUUCUCGUCCAAUUAGAAAACGUAAUUUUCCAUCAAGAUUUUCAAGUUUUGAAACAAUUGAUUCUGCUAAAUUAGCACAACCAACAAGGCUUGAAUCAAUUGAAUCAUUAAAUAAUGAAAUUGAUGAGAAUGCAAUUUCUGUUGUCAAUGAAAAUGAUGAUAAUUCAUUGAAACGACGAAGAAGACGUAAAUGUGUUACUCCUAAUGAAGAAAAUAAAAAUCCACCAAGACGACCAAUUCGUAAAAGAGAUUUAAGUACUGUUUUGCAAGAUGCACAAAAAUAAUUAUUUUUCUAUUCUUUUUUUCACAAAUAUUAAAGCACUAUGAUAUAUAUUUGUAUUUUUAUAAUUUAAUAUUGAUUUAAUUUUAUUUAAUUAUGUAUGAUUGAUAAUAAGAGUUUAGAUAUUUAAAAAAAAAUUUGCAUUGAAUAAAGUUUAUAAAU